GUCUCCAGUUUGCCGUGAGCGCUCGUCACGCGAGGAUAUUCUGUGAUCUUGCUGUCGAGCGACAACGCUACUUUAUAACGCUGGUUGUAUACUUCUCCUUGGCUGUUGUCACAUGGCCACGUCGUGCGUUAAUACGGCAACGAGUUACGAUUCAUCGGGAAUUACUACUCCGCAACGUGAGAUCUGUUUGUUGGUUGGAGGAAGAAUUUGCGAACUGUCUGAUCUACGUAGGAUAGUUACUAAUGAAUUAUAGGUAAACAUAGUGGGACGAUAAAGGUCAGAGGAAUACUCGAGGACUGAGGUUCUUACUGGCAAUUAAUUGUACGUCGUGUAUGGAAAGGACAUCUGUUUUUCAAGGAUUCUAUAGAUAUCCUGAAAAUUCAGUGGAAAACUUUGAAAACGUGAAUUGUUAGUGUGGCCAGUGACGGGUGAAUUUUCCUUUGGAAAAUUAACGUUUCUUAUCUCUUUAAGGAGGAGUUCGCAUGUGAGAUAAACUAACAGAGGAGUGAAAGGUUGUGAUAGUUGAAUACAGGUAUUCAUAAUAAGGUGAACUCAUGUGUCAGAGAUAAGAGGUCAAUCAACGAUGCCUGGACAAAUCGAGCCAUCGUCUAUCCAGUGACUUGAUCAAUUUUGUAAAUUAAUAUUGUACAAAAAGAACUGAUCGUCAAGUUAUACCUUUAUCGAGUAAAGGUUGACAUUCUCGUGAAUCGUGAAAGUUUGAGCGCGAGUUUUGUCGUCUCUCUCUCUAUCCUUGAAAAGAAGACAGCACCUUGCUCGAGAGAAGGACGGAAAUAAAGAAGGACAGAAAGAAAAUUUUCAAACUUUUCACAAGACUUUCCGAUUUCAAAGUUUACAUCCGCCAACGGCAACCGAACUGAACGUCGUCGCGGGUGCGCCAUGUGUUAAGGUCCAUUUGUUUUGUUCUACUUUGCUGUAGCCCCUGACGCGCACGGCAGUGUGAUUGGCUGCGGGUACUUCCCGAGCCUCCGAGAUUUUCCUUCUGCAUCGAACAUGUCUGCAAAGCGAAAGGCCACUGCCAUCAUGCAGCACCACAAGCUCGUUGGAACACACGGCGACUUCACUUAGACGCCACAUGUGUCUACUCCUUCGCGUCCUACACCUCCUCGUCUCCUCUCACGCAAAGAGAAUAUUUCUACACCGGAACCAGCCGAUAUAUCAGAAGACGACCACUACUCAAGCGCGCUCAUGAAAGACGCGGAUAAGCUGAAGCUGAUGCUGCUCGCGUGGAAUUAUAACCUUCAACAGCAGGCUCAGGCUCAGGCACAGGCGCAGGCUGCCACGGCCGCCCUCUCGCCAAAUAACUCCUCGACAACCACAGCCACCACCAUUGGCACACCUGUCACCAGCCAAUCGGCCAUUUCCACGGCAAACAACACCAUUAACAACUCCACACUUACAGACUCGCGAAACGGCACGUCGGAAUUGGGCGAUCUGGCGUCGGGAACGGUUCCAAGUCUGGGAAGCGUCGCUGGCGUCGGAAGCGAAGACAUGGCCUCCUUGUGGGCGUCUUACGCUAUGGGUCUGAAAAAAACACCACCCCCAGCACCCUCGGGUACGCCGUCUCGUUCCGAUCGGGAUCGAGAGUCCAGCCCUGCUGGUGGUGAAGGUACAGGAAGUGCUCACGACGAGACGAGUAGCAGUGGAAAUAAAGAGGACGAGGAUGACGAUGACGAGGAUGCGGACGAGAGGCUCGACCCCAGACAUCACGAUCCUGAGCGUCUAAAAGCAUUCAAUAUGUUCGUGAGGCUCUUCGUGGAUGAGAACCUGGAUCGCAUCGUGCCGAUAUCGAAGCAGCCCAAGGAGAAGAUACAGGCGAUCAUCGAUAGCUGUACGAGACAGUUUCCCGAAUUUGCGGAAAGGGCUAGAAAAAGGAUCAGGACCUACCUCAAGAGUUGCAGGAGAAAUAAACGUGGAAGGGAAGGAGCGCCUUGGGAUGCUGCCAGACCAACGCCAGCUCACUUGACCUCGGUGCAGGCCGAGCAAAUUUUGGCAUCAGCCUGCGAAAAUGAGAGUAACAAUGCGAAGCGUAUGAGGCUCGGCCUGGAACCAGUUUCUGAGCCGAUGCCUACACUUCCGGCCGCCACGCAAACGGACGUACGAGCGAGUCUGGAGCACUUCUCAAGCACCCCGGUGAAGUCUCUGCCUGGUAAGAGGGAGGACACCCCACCUGCGCCAUUAACGUCCCUGGCACCUCUAACCAGUCUUUCAAAUUUACCGAGCAGCACCCUUACCUCGACGCCAUUAUCACUAGCGCCAGCAUCUAAGCUACUCACUCCCACGGAUAACAAGGGUCUCAUGAGUCAGGCGACGAUAGUCAGUUCAUCAGCGGUUAAUGGUGUCGCGAGUGGAGGUGCACCGACAGCCAUGUAUAGGCCGAACUUUAGUCAGGCUUUUCAACGCGCUGGACCGCCAGCUGUGCCGCCAACAUUAUCGGCUGGACUUUAUCCCACUCAGAGCUUCACCUCGGGUCUCCUCAGCAACGGUACACAAAGACCCACGGAUCUCAGCAUGAAGAACACGAAGCCGUUGCUGAGCCACAAAUUAAAUGCGACGGAAAUGACCGCCGUUAGGCAAUUAAUAACCGGAUACAGGGAGUCGGCGGCGUUCCUCUUAAGAUCUGCGGAUGAACUUGAACAGCUUUUGCUCCAGCAGCCCUAGAAUUACCUCAUGUACGUCGCGUCCAUGCAACAGUUAGGGUUCUUACCCAAACCACCGUAAUUGGACCGAGGAGAUAGAGAAUGUAGUGUACAGAAAGGCUAAUGCAUCUCGGUCGGUAAUUAUUAAAGUUUAUCGACCGUGUGUGAUCUCCCUUAAGUAAUGUGGGAUUCUGUCCGGUCUACUGCGUGAGAUUUUUAUAAUCUCAAGUUCACAUUAAAGAUUCUUGAAUUACCAACAAACGCUAGGAGACUGCGUUUCCCUCUGUUGGUAAAUGGGAUAGCUUUGUUUAGUAUCGUUAGAAUGUAUUCGCUUUUAUUCACUUGGCUUCCUGUAAAUUCCUUGUAUCCAUUGUUCUUUCUUCAGCGGAUCAGAUUCAUUCAUCAGGCUCAUAUAUAAAUACGUGUACAAUCUACCUAUAAGCAUUUCGUUAGACCGGUAAGAAUCCUUAACGAUCUCUAACGAUUUUUAAUUUGCUGUUUAACGUGAGCAAAAUUGUCUGUCUAUCAAUUGCCAUGCGCGAACACUGUCUUUUCGGCUUAAGCGGUACGGUUACUCUUUUUUUUUUUUUCUCGCUGGAAGUUUUUAUCGAUGGAUUUUCCAGUUACCGAUCUCAUUGGCAACGUAUUUUGUACUUUCGGUAUGCGCGACUGCCAGUCCGAUAUCACACAGGCACUUACAUAUUCAAGAUAUAUCGUGAGUUGUUAUUAAGACGACCAUGAGGAAAUCCAUCGAUCAGGAACUGGAGACGACAGUGGAACAUGAAAAUUCAUAGAAACUAAUUGGAAACGUAACUGCGCGUCUUUGAGAGUGCUUCGAGUAUCAUAAAGGAAAAUGCAAGAAAUUGAAAAAUAAAAAAAAAUUAAAUUUUACAAAGCUUAAAGGCACUGAGAGAGAACAAAGGAAUAGUGUAAAUUCUGUUAAGACUCGUAAGAGUUACACGAGGUUAUUCCAUAAAAAUAUUAUAUAAAUACAUAAAUAUAUAGAAAACGCGAAAAUUGCGAGAAGAGUAAGCGAGUAAAGUCAUGUGGCUGCUCGCAAGUUAUAAUUAUUAAUGACCUUCGAUUUAAGGAAAUUAUUCAAACAGGGUGUAUAUAGAGAGGAACUAUGAAUAUUUACUUAAUAAUGGAUAAGGCCGACGAAGCGAAAGAAAGGAGAAACUCGAUAGAAGGCGGAGAGUGGGAGAUUGCAAGAGAAGCAAGAAAGAAAAAAAUAUAUAGGUAUAUUGUGCGAUUGAGCACAAAAUAGAAAGAAAUGAGAAUAAAAACUACAGGGCGUCUGUCUACUGUUAUGUAUGACUGUGUAUGUAUGUAUAAUGAGAGUCUGGUGAUCACAAUGUUAAUGAACGACAGUCGACGAUACAAAACAAAAUUAUUCACGUUCGAAAGUACUAGUAUUUUUAAAAACAAAUCUAUCGUGGCAUUAAUAUUAGAUCAGCACAAAUUUUUCAAACGAUAACUAUUAAUCCUAACGACAUUACGAAUGGCAAGAAACGAAGUUUAAACGAUUCCUGGCGUGCCGCGAUAAUCACAUUGAUUCAGUAUAUGUUUUCAUUGUUACUGAAUACCUUUGCUCUAUUAUAUAAACGGUGUAAACCAAUGUUUCCUGCGUGAGAGAACGAAAUGGGAAGUCAAAGAUGGCAUAGGAAAAUAAUUUUUCUAUUUAUUUCUAUCAAUCAAAAAAUCGAUGAUCAAUCAUUUAUUUAACCGUGGCACGCCAAUGCAUUUGUUAGUAAGUCAUACUGUGUACAUAAUAUAAAUAUAUAUAAACGUGUAAAGUGUACCGAUUCUUUUUCCUGUGCGAUUGCACAAAGCGCAUUUUGACACGCCGAAGAUGAGACAAGACGUAUAUUACAUGUAAAGAAAGAAAAAAAAAUUGAAGGAUCGAAAGAAACUUUUUUUUUUCUUUUUAAAUAAAUACUCGAGUCACCUUGUAUAUGUGUAUAUAUACACACGUGUGAAGAUAUAUAUAUGUAUAUAGAGGCAGUACUGCGAGGAAUGAACGAUUUUUAUGUAUAAUUUCACACUUGGCACAAUGAUUAGAUACGGUUGUUGCUGUACGAUCACGAUCUGUCGAUGAUUACCGAUCGAAUAAUAUUUGAGUUUACAUACUAUUUUAUUUAUGCCGGUUGCGCAAACGAUCUUGGAGGGGUGAUCGUUCAGCGUCCGUACACAUGUAUGGUCUCCAUAUACAUCACCGAGUUACCAAAGAAUACUGAUAAAUAAUAAUAUAGUGGUAGAUCGUUGAGAUAACACUGUUUCUGUAGCGCCUGAAAUCAUUUUAUUGUACGAUGUUGUGGGAAAUGUCCGGAAUGAUGAGCGAACGCGAUAGAAAAGGAAAAUCAUUAGUAGCAUGAGUGGAUUUUGACAAUGAUGGAACAGGUGACUCGUAUUUUGUUUAUUCUAUUCUUUUGUCAUUUUUUCUUUUUCCUUUUGUUUUUCUUCUUAUUAAUUACUACUUCCUUGUACUUUCUUCGAUCUAUUAUUUAGGGAAAUAUUAUAAUGGAAAGGAAACAGGACGAUCACGGUACGAUCGAAUCCGUUAUUAUUCGGAUCCGCGUUCCACGGAUUCGCACUCUUACUUUUAUCGUUGUUUUGUACAUAGAUUUAUCUAGCUAAGUGCGUAUAAAUAUUGAAACGAUUAUUAAGUUGCUUUUCGUGAGGUGCGAUUGGAGAUUAUCUAUUGUACGAUUAUGAGUCAGAGUGAGUGCUUGAGUGAACUUGCAGAGAUGCGUGUACCGUGGGAAUAAUUGAUGAUUAACGCGAGAGAAUUAAAAAAGAAAAGUGGUGAAGAGCGUCUGAGAGAAUAUAUAAAUAUAUAUAUAGAGAUAUGAAAAAUAUAUAAAGAAUAUGUUUAUGCCGAUACCGAUUGACGACGAUGAACUCACAAACGCGGAGACACAUUCCACUUUUUUUUUUUUUCGUUUGUUGGGGGAGGGAAGGGCACGGAGGGAGAUAAAUUUGAAUUUUUAAUGACUAAUCGUGGAUGGGAAAAAAAAAGUUUUUCGUUAUUUCUGUUCUCCGAAAGAAUUCUUUAAUUAUUUUAUGUUUGUUAUACAUUGUCUCUUAUCUAUAUGAAAUGUUUGGACGAGUGGCUUUAUAAGCAUCUAUACAGUUUACCGUCACGCUGGCGCUAUCACGUGUACAAUAGCUUAUUGAAAUUUUGAUAAAAUUACAUUAAUCAGACGGCAAUGCCAGUUAUUUUUCAAUUACUCGUAAUACGCGUGUGUCUCUCGACUUCCUUAAAGCCCUUUUCUCCAAAUACUUUAUUAUACUUCUCACCCUUCUCAGAGUACCGUACUUCGAUCUCAUACAGUGGCCACUGCUUUUCCAAUCUAAUCAACGAUCCCAUUAUGCGUUUCCUCAGGAUAAAAAUAUCCUUGGAUGACUUUCCUGUCCUAUCUUAUAAUACGCCUAUACGCCGCGUAAUAAUCAAUGUAGAAUAAAAUCGUCACUUCCGCUCCAGUAAUUCAAGCUUCCAGAAAGCAGGUAAGAAGGAGACACUUUCGAACGACGAGAUAAUCGCUAAGGAGCCACACGUCGUGUCCGUAGGAUUUCAGUGUAUGAAUUAUCUUGGAAGUUAUUCCUAAACGAGAGACAAAGUCAUCCACGUCGAUUAUUGUAACGUAACGUGACGUUAGUCCGGAUUGUGUAGUUUUCUUCAUCGUUAGUAUUUCCUUCAUUCCAACUUUCUUUGUUUUCCGGUCCAGAAUUCUUGUGCGCGAUCAAGGCUUCGUUUUCGUGCUUCUUAACGGAUCACUAACGUACCGUCAUUAUUACCGUCAGUAUCAUUAACCAAGCCCACCCUAUUCUUCCCACCUUUCACGAUCUUAUUCAUAGCAAUUAACCAGGAAUUAACGACUUGUACGGAUAUAAGGACCCUUUUCAUUAUGCGCCGGCGCAAUGCUCGUGAUCGUUUGGAACGUCCCAGUGUUAAAAAUGAAAAAAAGUUCAAGGUGCGGCCGCAACCUGUUUCUUUUUUAUGUUCUAAUAGGAAUUGAGAAUUUUGCGGAUGAUGACUUAGAAGAAAAAAAAAAAAAAGAUGGGCUGACCUCUGUGAUAAAUAAAACGUGUGCUAACGAUGCUGUUCCUUUCUUCUUUUUUUUUUUAAAUUUGAACUUGGUCGGUCUGGACGACCACGUGCUGGGACAGGCGACAGUAAGGGUUGAAAUAAAAAUGGGACACUUUCAUUGUAAGACAAAAAUGGGGAGGAUUUACUUUUUUUUUUUCGCAAACUAUCGAUUUUCUGUAGAAACAAACAUUUGGAUAUAUUCGAGAGAUCUUUUUUCUCUAUGCAAAAAAGAAUAUAUUUCGAAAGUGUCCAUUCCUUGAUCCCUACCGGGACAGUUCUACGGUUUAUAUGAUAAUUGCGAAUUGAUGUAUAUUGAUAAAAAAAAAAAAAACAUGUAUUUGUUCCUGAGAAAUAAUAAUAGUAAUAAUAAUAACAUUAAUAUUAAUAAUAACGAGACAGAUAAUUUGAUGGUACAUACUUUAUUAUAAAUAACAUUACAUUAUUACGAUUACUGUAGAGUUGGUACGGUCUUUGAGGAUGCCUUGCCUGUAAAUGUAACACACGUUAAAUGAAAAAAAAAUCUUAUUACCUUGUAAAUGUUUUACCAAAUAUAAUCAAUUAUUCAACUUAUAA